GUCGUCGUUUGAAUCUCGAUCGGUGCGUGAGUGAAAUUUUUCGUACAAUGUCUAAAAUCGCGUGUAUUUUGGCACUCACGGUGCUUCUAGUCGCUACCACACAAGCCUUGCCUCAAUUUUACGACGGAUAUGGUCCUUAUGGCGGAUACGGUGGUUACGGAGGAUAUGGCGGAUACGGUGGUUAUGGAGGAUACGGAGGAUACCCCGGUUACGGUGGAUACGGCGGAUACGGAGGCGGUUAUAAUGAUUACUAUGGGCAUUAUCCUCACUAUCAUAGUCACUACGACCACGGUGGACUCCUCCACAAACUCCAUCAUGCCUAUCACGAUAUAACCGAUACUCACGAUGGUCAUUUUAAAUAAACAGUUUAUCGUUGACCGAAGGUCUGCAGUCAGAUGGAGAAA